UCCGCCCCUUUACAGUUCCAAGUUGCAGCCUCCCUCGCAGCAGACAAUCCCGACGCGAUGCUGGAGACCCAGGAGGAUGCCUCCGACCCGGCAGGUGCCGCUCACGGUUUAGCCCCGCCCCUCAGUACCGACGGCCAAUGGGAGCCGGCCGGGUCAGAGCGCCACCAAUGGGAGCGGGCGGGCGGAGGCGCGCCGCCAUUUAAGGAGCCGCGGGGCGGGGUCUGGGGAGCGUAUGUUCGGAGUGUGGCCGCGGUUGGGUGCGGUGACCAUGUCCCUGCAGGCUGAUUUUGAAAAGAUCGCAGAAGAUGUGAAGAAGAUGAAAACAAGGCCAAAUGAUGAAGAACUGAAAGAUCUCUACGGGCUCUACAAACAGUCUGUAGUUGGAGACAUUAAUAUUGAGUGUCCAGGGAUGUUAGAUUUAAAGGGCAAGGCUAAAUGGGAAGCCUGGAAUCUCCGAAAAGGGAUGUCGAAGGAAGACGCCAUGAGGGCAUAUAUUGAGAAAGCAAAAGAGCUGAUAGAAAAAUACGGAAUUUAAAAUUCGGCCCUGGAGAAAGUUCUUCUUUUGACACCUUUGCAAUGGUAUCGUGACCUACCAUCUAGGGAAGAAAUACACUGUUAACUCUUUA